AUGGAGGAUGCAGAGAGACAUGAGUGGUCGUUUAAACGUUUUUCUCUACCUUUUCCUCUCGAGGAUCCAAUUUCGAAAACCUCAUUAUGUCUUAAGGGUGUGACAUCAGCUGGUGAGUUCGUUUAUGCCCCAUCUUCUUGGUUUGGUCCGUUUCAUGCUCUUUAUUUCAAUCCAGACAGGAACACCGUUAGAAGAGUCAUUGAUCAAGGGCUUGCAGACGACGAAUUUAGGCGUCGUCAUGGUCUUGGAAACAAAGAACUAUAUGCCCUGUCUACGUUUCCCGAUCACGUUGAGAGUCUCUUGUCUGUGUAA